GUCGUGUGGUGUUCUUGCGUAUGUUCAGUGGUGACGUUACGGAGAUAAUUCGAGUGAUUUAUUCGCGGUCCUCGUGUAUUUCGCGAUAAAAAAAAAGAAAGACAGAAAACAAAACGAAAAAAUGUCUGAGAUUGACGCGAAAGUGAACAUGUCGCUUGAUGAAAUCAUAAAGAUGGAGAAAAAGGAGAAAAAGAAAAAGGCUGGGACUGCCAAUGGAAAAGCUGGUGCUAAACGCACACGAGGAAGUACACGAGGGCGAAGUGGACUAAGGGGUAGAGGUGCUAGAGUAAAACGUAAUAACAUUGGAACUGCUAAAAAAGAGCAAACGUGGCAAACUGGGCAGAAUAAUAAUAACAAUAACAACAAUAAUAAUGUGCGUGGUGGUUUUGUGAGAAAACGAUACAAGAAAAACAGUGGUCUCACUAGAUCACGAAGUAAUUUAACAUUGAACCAGAAAUCUAAUACACGAGGAGCUUUUAACGUUCGCCGCGGUCGUGGCAACAGAUUUGGUCUGACCCGCAGUAGAAGUCGCACAAACUUGACUUUUACACAAGGAGGCUUUUUCACCAAUAAUAAAACUCCUUUAAAACGAACGAACAGUCUACCAAAUUUACGCGACCCAACUUCGGUCCAUAAUAGAUUGGGAUAUCAAAGCCCUGCUCAAAUUGCUUACAGAAAUCGUGUUAAAAGAGCAAAACAAUUAUUAUUACAAAGACAGAAUCAGAGAUUAUCUCUACAAAACCAAUUCAGAGUACCACAAGCUGGAAAAUCAAUGAUGUCACUUCAACAAAGGUCCACGGAAAGAAGGCAACAAAUUUUAACGUCUCAGCGACGUUUUACUACUGGUGGAUUACGAUCAGAUCAAAUUGCCCGCGCACAAAGACGUGCGCAAUACGAACAAAAAUUAAUGAGAAUGAAUUCUUCACGAUUAAAUACGAACUCAAAUGUAAACUUCAUGUGUACAUUGGGAAAUGAGUACAGUCCUAGCACCCAUCAACGCCCCCUUGCUCUCACACAAAGUAGAAAUGGAAAUGCCGUGAACACUCUGCGUCCAUUACCAAGAGGACGAUCACCGUUUAGACAGAGUGUACAAAGUUUAAAUAUGGUAUGAUAUUUUCAGGUUGGUCGAUCGCCUAUAUUUGGUCGACAACGUUCAAGGUCAAGGUCACGUUCCCGUUCUCGUACACGUAACACUCCAUCAUCAGACGCAGGAGCCGAUGUUGAUGACCGUACUUUCAGCGAAGUCAUGUACAGCUUGUCCGGAAAUCUUGGCGUUACAGGAAGAACACUUAAUGAUAGAUUUAGUUUUUAAACUGAAGAAAAAAAAUUUGUUUUGUAUUUAGAAUAUAAGACUGUUGA